AUGCUCAGUGGCAGGAUUCGUCGGAGGGCCCUGGCCCUGCUGGGUGCCCUCCUGCUGGUGAUCCUCGUCUGGCCUCCCUGUUGCGCCACCAUGCCGAAACCGAUGGAUGUUGUGCCGCCGAGCGCUCCCUGGGACGUAGUGCCCCCCGCCCGGCCCCAUCCAGCCGCCGCCGUACUACCGGUGCCGGUGCAACCGUGGACGAACGGGGUGGGUACGGUCGCGGCGAAACGGCAUCACGUCCCACUCGGUCUCGAUGGCGAACGGCAGCAGCAGGACCAGGAGCAGCAGGACCCAGCGGAAUCGGAGCGCCGCAAGAGCCGGCGAGUGAGUGAGUUUUAUCGCUUGUUGCGUGCCCUCAGCCCGAUCGCCCAACCGGCACCAACAGUUGAACCGAACGAACGGAGACAGAGUGAAGUGAGUGCAGUGCAGUUAAAUUUACCGACGCGCGAAAAUAGCGCCGUACGCGACGCGCGUGAUUAUUUAAUAGAACCGAUCGAUAAAAAUAAGUCCCAAUCGGUGCGAUCGAGUGCGCUCGAUCCCACGACGCAGGAUAACGCGCCCGGCCGCGUUCACGCCAGGUUCGAUGACACGGAUCCAUCACCAGCGCUGAUGCGAGGUAGACGCGAGGCAGUGCCCACCAAUGCCCACCGCCAUCAGCAUCAGAUCGGGCCCGGUGGCCCACUAAACGGAACCGGGGUGUGGCAUGGUCGGCGGGGCGGCGGUGGCCGACAUCAUCAUCAACAGGCUCAACAGCAGCAGCACCGGAACAAUGAAUCGAAUCUCGAGCGGAACGAACGUUCCGCCAACCUGUCGCAUAUAACCGGUGCGACACGCAAGAUCCAGCUGUUCAUCAAGAACCGCUACAUACAGCUGCUGCCCGACGGUACCGUCAACGGCACGUACGACGAGCUCAGCGACUACACGAUUCUACAGCGGACAACCGUCGGGAUAGGACAGAUCAAAAUUCAAGCCGUUGCGACGUGUCUGUUCCUCUGCAUGGACACCUGCGGUAGCGUCUACGGUUCGAAAGAAUUCACCGACGAUUGCAUCUUCAACGAGCAGAUGGAGCAGCAUCACUACAACACUUAUUCGUCCACACAACACUCGAAUGCUCGGCGGACGCUGUACCUAGCGCUCAAUAAAACGGGCCAGCCACGCAAAAUCCAGAUCCCAGUCAACCGAACGCUCGGCAAGCUAGCUACCUACACGAAGGCGCUCACCCAAACGGUGGCCCACGAUCGAGUGGAGCAGCUCAUCUCGCGGCUGUUCGGUGCUGAUCACGUCCGCCACGGACUGAACCAGCUGUGCGAAACGGGGCAACCCUUGGAAGAGUUGACGGCUAAGGAAAUGCGCCCCAGACCGGUCUGUGGUCCACAGGCUGCAUCGGCGAAGGCUGUAGGAGCGGUCUCUUCCGUGGGUGGUGGUGGUGGUGGUAAGAAGAACAGUCAACCGAAUACCUCUGGUAAAGACGACAAGGACGGGCUGCGACAGAAGAAGAAGAAAAAGCGACGGAAAUGUCGCGAGGAUGAGGUGCCGGGAGAGCAAUGCUUCCGACCGGGUGUGCCGGGCACAGGUGUAGGUGGUACAAAUAGUGGUAAGAAGAAGGCAGGCCCCAACCAGGGACAGCCCCGGGGCGGUAGUAGUAUUAGUAGCGAUAGUGGCAGUAUCAGCCCUAGCAGUAGCAAUAGUUCCGUAGGUAGCAGUAGCGCAGGCACCAACCAGUCAGCCAUUCUCAGCAAUGUCACCAGCAGCAGCAGCAGUAGCAGUAGUAGUAUUAGCAACAGCAGCAAUGCAAAUAGUCUAAUAGCAAGUAUUAGCAACGGUGGGCCCAACCGUCCGGGUCAACCGUACGCCCAACUCACAGCAACACCAAAUACCCGGAAGCCAAAACCAACGAAGAAGCUCCCAUCGGGUCCGCGAAACGGAACACCACCACCGAACGGUGGAAGUGCUGGCCCAUCUCGGAAACCGAAAAAACCUAACCAGCAGCCACAACAAGCGGUCAACGGAAAACGGAAUGGCACCAAUCACACCAAACCUAGUGGUCCAGCAAAAGCCAAGCUGGUAAGCGCGAGUAUAGUGACCAGCAAAUUGAGCCAACCCAAACCGGCCUCGUUGAUGAUCGCGCGAACAGUCCGACCAACGGCACCGUUUCCAUUAGCAACAGCCCGACCCACCACCAAACCGACGACGGUGAGCAACGAUCUGCAGGAUACCUCGCAACAGUCCGAUUCCGAUGCCGAGCUCGAUAUGGACGACGUGCUGCAACCGUCUGCCGAGCUCGCGGACGAGCUGGACGAGCUCGACGAAGUUCCAGGAUCUCCUACAGCUUCCUCCUGGCACGAAUUGCUCCCCACCAGCUCGGUAUCCGAGCAGCGCAACCGCUACAAAGCAUUAUCCUGCUGUAGUUUCCUUAGCCUAAGCACUCUCGUUGUGUACGGUGCCACUGUGCAUUUGCUAUAUCUAUGA